CGUAGCAAUUUCUCCUCCAAGUAAUCUUUCUUUGUAGGGACGUUACUUCUCAUAUUUCCAUUUGAAUUUUACACACGCACAUACAAAAAAAGAUAACAAAGAACCUCUAUCCUCACGUUAUCCAAAUCUCUUAAGAGAAUAAACAAGCUAGAGAGGCAGAGUAAAGAUGAGACUAAUAAACAAGGCUGGCCUGGCUAGAACAGUAAUUUUAAUGGCUGUGAUUAUGUACACGGCUGAAGCGGCUAUGAUGAGCAACAUGCACCCUCUGAUCUUGGUGCCUGGGAAUGGCGGGAACCAGCUAGAGGCGCGGUUCACGUCUGAGUACAAAGCCACCAGCCUGUUCUGCACGCGGUGGAACCCGCUGGUGAAGAAGCAAGGAGGGUGGUUCAGGCUGUGGUUUGAGUUGAAUGUGCUCUUGGCUCCCUUUACUCAGUGCUUUGCUGAGAGGAUGACACUUUAUUAUGAUCCUGAGGUUGAUGAUUACUGUAAUGCCCCUGGUAUUGAAACUAGAGUUCCUGAUUUUGGCUCCACUGAUUCACUCCUCUACCUUGAUCCUAAUCUCAAGCACAUAUCAGCAUACAUGGCACCCUUGGUGGAAUCCCUAGAGGAACUUGGAUAUGCAGACGGCCUUAACCUUUUCGGAGCUCCUUACGAUUUUCGUUAUGGUUUAGCAGCCCAAGGACACCCUUCUAAAGUUGGAUCUGAAUUCCUCAAUGACUUAAAGAAUUUGAUUGAAAAAGCAAGCAAUGCCAAUGAUGGAAAGCCGGUGAUUCUUGUCACCCAUAGCUUAGGCGGCUUGUAUGUGCUUCAACUCCUCAAUCGAAACUCACUUUCUUGGCGCCAAAAAUAUAUCAAACACUUUGUAGCACUUGCUGCCCCAUGGGGCGGCACAGUCCAAGAAAUGCUCACAUUUGCAUCAGGCAACUCACUAGGGGUUCCACUAGUUGACCCCUUGCUAGUAAGAGCAGAACAAAGAAGUUCAGAGAGCAAUUUAUGGCUAAUGCCAUCACCUCAACUUUAUGGUCGUAAACCACUCGUGAUCACACCAAACGCCACAUAUUCAGCAUACGACAUUGCUCAAUUUCUUGUUGACAUUGGAUUCUCCGAAGGUGUUCAUCCUUACAACACACGAAUUUUACCUCUAGUCAAUAAUUUGGUGGCGCCUGAAGUAGACAUGACAUGUAUAUUUGGGAGCGGAGUAAAAACAGCAGAGACAUUGUUUUACGGAGAAAAUGGAUAUGACAAACAACCAGAGAUUCUGUAUGGAGAUGGUGAUGGUACAGUUAAUAUGUUAAGUUUGAUGGCACUACAAAAUGAAUGGGCUGGUAAAAAGAAUCAGUCAGUUGAAGUGAUAAGAAUACCUGAUGCUUCUCAUACAUCUAUACUGGAAGACUCUGUCGCACUCGAUGAAAUAGCUAAGGUGAUUAAAUCCAUCAAUUCUGUAACUAGUAGUUUAGCUUAUUCAUAAUAUCCUAAUACUAUGGGUGGGAUAUACAUACAUCUUGUGAU